AUGUCGGUGAAGACUCUACUGCUGUUUUACACCAUCAGUGUGGUCAGCAGUCAAUAUGAAUACCCAAGGCCUAAUCCGCCACAUAGAGUGCCCGGGGGACCCAAACCGUACUCCUGGCCUGCCCGUUGCUUCCCUCGGGUCCAUUGUGACCGCAAUGCCCGGUAUCGAUCUCUGGACGGUUCCUGCAACAACCUCUGGUACCCAGCCUUCGGGAUGGUUAACACCACCCUAGUGCGCAUCUUGCCUGCCCGGUACUCCAAUGCUCUGGGUGGUUUACCUAUAUCAGUAACUGGGAAGCAGUUACCUUUGGCACGAGAACUACGAACCCAUCUGUUCCCCGAACACGCCAUCAGUGACGGCAUCAACAGCUUGGCCGUCAUGACCUGGGGACAGUUUCUGGCUCACGACGUAUCUCUCAUAAAGACUAAUCGAGCUCCAGACUGUUGUACGAAGGGUGGUCAUUUGCUGGAAUCGCCUUUUCUUCCUCCUCAUUGCCUCGUGGUAGAGAUCCCAGAAAAUGACAAGUUUUACAAAGAGUUUGGCCAGACAUGCUUUGCUUUCGAAAGAUCAGCAACCAUCAAUGAACAUGGCUGCAUAGAUAGUCCGCCUCAGCAGAUUUCGCUCCAAACCCACUUUUUAGAUCUAUCCAUGGUUUAUGGCAAGAGUAGAGAGGAAUCUAAUUCUUUAAGGACAUUUAAUCGAGGCAGACUAAAAAUACAAGAACUUGAAGAUGGAAGAGAAUUCUUACCUAAUGUCAAAAAUGCCAAAAUGGCAUGUCAAUUCGCCAAAUUCCCCAACGAUACUUGUUUCUUGGCAGGAGACGUGAGAGUGAACCAGCAGCCUUCGUUGACAGUGCUGCAUACAAUCUUCCUCAGAGAACAUAACAUGUUGGCAGAUCAACUCUACCUGCUCAACUCACACUGGUCCGAUGAACGAAUCUUCCAGGAAGCUCGGAGAAUACUGAUUGCUCAGUACCAACAUAUCACUUAUAGUCACUUUUUGCCGUUACUGUUAGGUCUUGAAAACACGAUUAAAUACAAACUGUUUCCCCGCAAUCUGGGUUAUGGAUUUGGGUACAACGAACAUGUGAAUCCUGGAACCCUUAACAUUUUUACAACAGCAGCUUAUAGAUCUCUUCAUAGCAUUGUACCUGGUCGAAUUCAGUUUCCAAUGGAAGUAGGGGAGUGCCCACAGUCCUCUCGGCCACUGUCAGACCUACUCAACCGACCUGCUGUUGUUUUAGAAGAAGACAAGUUUGAUAGUCUUCUGAGAGGACUUUCAAGGCAAGCUGCUAAUCAGAUGGAUCCCUACUUCACUCAUCAGAUUACCAACUUACUGUUCCGACCAGAGGGUCGUAAGUUUGGCAUUGACCUAGAGAGCACUGACAUCAUGAGAGGGAGAGAUCAUGGACUACCGAGCUACAACACCGUGCGGAAAGCAUGUGGUAUGAGACGAGCAAGGCACUUCCACGAAUUUGAGGAUACCAUGACCAAAUCGGCAUGGAAACAACUAGAGCACUUCUAUGAACAUGUGGAUGACGUAGACCUGUAUGUGGGAGGAGUUAUGGAAGACCUGGUGCCAAAUGCUUUGGUAGGACCUGUGUUCCAAUGCAUUGUAGCGGAGCAGUUUCGUAGAUGGAGGAAUGGAGACAGGUUCUUCUAUGAAUUUGGGGGCCAACCGGGAUCAUUUAGACUUGAUCAGUUGGAUGAGAUCCGAAAGGCAUCUUUGGCACUAUUAAUUUGCAGGAAUUCUGACGAUAUUGCAAGAAUACAAAGAGAUCCUUUCAGUCAGCCUUCCAGCAGGUAA